AUGAGGGUCUCCAACCUGUUGAUGUCUUCUGCGGAGAAUGGCGAGCUGGAGAAGGCCUUGGCUGCUGUGAUGAAGGAUGGCCUUGGCUCCUCGUCCAAGGAAAACUAUAUGGAGCAGCUCCGCAAGAAGGCCAAGGACACCCUGAUUUCCUCCAUGGAGGACGGAUCCCUGGAGGCCGCGUUGACGCUGCGCCAAGCUGACGAGAAGGACAUCAUCCGCAUGGAAGCGCAGCAGCUGAUAGUUUCCGCGCUGGAAGACGGCACUUUGGAGAAGAUCUUGUCGACUGUUCUCAAGGAUAGCCCCGGAGCCAAGGGCGAAGAGCUCCAGCGGAAAGUCACCAAGCUGCUUCGGUCGGUUCCCGAAGAAGAGCUCGAAAGGGCGACUGACCAGGUGAUGCAGAAUCUCAGCGCAGCUGACCGCAAGAAGAUCUUGAGUGCGAUUGAGAAGAUUCAGGCCGGAGAUGACAAAGACGAGCUGCGGAUAAAGAUUGCGGAGCUGAUGUUGGCAGCGCCAGAGGAAAACCUCGACCAAGCCUUGGCUGCAGUCAUGAAGGAUGUCAGCCCUGCUGACAAGCAGAAAAUUCUGCAAUCAAUAGAAAAGCUCGAGGCCAAAGACGGCAAGCAUGCGCUGCGCAUUCAGAUCGCAGAAAUGAUCCUAUCAGUUCCAGAGAAAGACUUACACAAGACCUUGACCUCCGUGAUGAAGGACAUAAGUGCCGCCGACCGGAAAAGGAUUCUUGAAGCUGUAGAGAAGGUCGAGGCGAAAGAGGAAAGAGAGGAGUUGCGCUUCACAGUGCUGCGGCUGAUAAGGUCUGCUCCAGAGAAGGAUUUGGAACAGAAUUUGGCCAACAUCAUGAAGGACGUCAGCACGUCUGACAGGAAGAAGAUUUGUGCAGCUAUCGAGAAGAUGGAGGCAGGGAGCAAGAAAGAUGCUUUGCGCAUCAAGGUUGCAGAGCUGAUGAUGGAUGCGGGUGAUGGACGGGCGAUUGCUGCAGUCAUGAAGGACCUGAGUGCUUCUGACCGGGCAAAGAUCCUGGAGGCCAUCGAGCGACUGGAGGUCCGGGCAUAG